UGGCAGCCGGGGCAGCGCAAGCCCGGAAGCGGACGGGGGCGGUGGCGGAGGCGCCUCCGGCCGGCCGGGGUUGCAGCUCCGUCCUCCCCACUCGUGGCUCCCCGGGUCCUGUGGCGUGGACAGAGACAUGCAAUCCCCGCCCCCAGACCCGCUGGGCGACUGCCUGCGUAACUGGGAGGACCUGCAGCAGGACUUCCAAGGUAUCCAGGAAACACACCGCCUGUACCGCCUGAAGUUAGAGGAGCUGACCAAACUCCAGGACAACUGUACGAACUCCAUCACUCGCCAGAAGAAAAGGCUCCAGGAGCUGGCCUUGGUGCUGAAAAAAUGCAGACCCUCUCUCCCAUCCGAGUCUGCGGAGGCCGCACAGGACCUGGAAAACCAGAUGAAGGAGCGCCAAGGCCUCUUCUUUGACAUGGAAGCCUAUUUGCCUAAGAAGAACGGGUUGUACCUGAGUCUGGUUCUGGGGAAUGUCAACGUGACACUUCUGAGCAAGCAGGCCAAGUUUGCUUACAAAGACGAGUAUGAGAAGUUCAAGCUCUACCUCACCAUCAUCCUCAUUGUCAUCUCCUUCUCUUGCCGCUUCCUGUUCAACUCCAGGGUGACGGACGCUGCCUUCAACUUCCUGCUGGUCUGGUAUUACUGCACACUGACCAUCCGAGAGAGCAUCCUCAUCAAUAAUGGUUCCAGGAUCAAAGGCUGGUGGGUUUUCCAUCAUUACGUGUCCACGUUCCUGUCAGGAGUCAUGCUGACCUGGCCAGAUGGUCUCAUGUACCAGAAGUUCCGGAACCAGUUUCUGUCUUUCUCCAUGUACCAGAGCUUUGUGCAGUUUCUGCAGUAUUACUAUCAGAGCGGGUGCCUGUACCGCCUGCGCGCCCUGGGCGAACGACACACUAUGGACCUCACCGUGGGUUUUCCCACCCCACAGAGGGCUUCCAGUCUUGGAUGUGGAGAGGGCUCACCUUCCUGCUUCCUUUCCUCUUCUUUGGACAUUUCUGGCAGCUCUUUAAUGCACUGACCUUGUUCAACUUGGCCCGGGACCCUGAGUGCAAGGAGUGGCAGGUGCUCAUGUGCGGCUUCCCCUUCCUUCUCCUCUUCCUCGGCAACUUUUUCACGACGCUCCGAGUGGUACACCAGAAGUUCCACAGCCAGCAGCAUGGGAGCAAGAAGGAUUAAGCUAGACGUGAUGGCCAGCCCCAAAGGGGCUUUGACCUGUGUGCCAGCUGGGGUGGCAGGGUGGGGCACCCCUGUGUGUAUGGGGGUUCCCUUCUGUGCCCCCUGGGCUUUGUGGGCUCUGUGGGCCCUGAGGAAGGCCUGGGCCUGGAGCCCAGCUUGCAGGAUUUGGGCUCUGGGCCUCAAUAAAGGAAGAGAGGCA